AGCCCAGGCCGGCCUCACACCCACCAGACCGACGGACGGCGCUUUCUUUGGGAGACGCUUCCACUGGCCGGCACCCCGCCCGCCGGACGAGAUGGCGGAAGAGGCGAGCGAUGAGAAGAAGCCGCUGGCCAAAUUCGAGCUGGAGCGGGAGACGGAGUUGCGCUUCGAGGUGGAGGCCUCUCAGUCGGCCCAGCUGGAGCUGCUGGCCGGCAUGGCGGAGAUCUUCGGCACGGAGCUGACCCGCAACAAGAAGUUCACUUUCGACGCGGGCGCCAAAGUGGCCGUCUUCACCUGGCACGGCUGCUCGCUGCAGCUGAGCGGCCGCACGGAGGUGGCCUACGUCUCCAAGGACACCCCGAUGCUGCUCUACCUCAACACCCACACGGCCCUGGAGCAGAUGCGGCGGCAGGCGGAGCGCGAAGAGGAGCGGGGGCCCAGGGUCAUGGUGGUGGGCCCCACCGACGUGGGCAAGUCCACCGUGUGCCGGCUGCUGCUCAACUACGCCGUCCGGCUGGGCCGGCGGCCCACUUACGUCGAGCUGGACGUGGGCCAGGGCUCCGUCUCCAUCCCCGGCACCAUGGGCGCCCUGUACAUCGAGCGGCCGGCCGACGUCGAGGAGGGCUUCUCCAUCCAGGCCCCGCUCGUCUACCACUUCGGCUCCACCACCCCCGGGACCAACAUCAAACUCUACAAUAAGAUCACCUCCCGGCUGGCGGACGUCUUCAACCAGCGGUGCGAGGUGAAUCGGCGGGCGUCCGUCAGCGGCUGCGUCAUCAACACGUGCGGCUGGGUCAAGGGGUCGGGUUACCAGGCCCUGGUGCACGCGGCCUCGGCCUUCGAGGUGGACGUGGUGGUGGUGCUGGACCAGGAGCGGCUGUACAACGAGCUGAAGCGCGACCUGCCUCACUUCGUGCGCACCGUGCUGCUCCCCAAGUCGGGCGGGGUGGUGGAGCGGUCCAAGGACUUCCGGCGGGAGUGCCGGGACGAGCGCAUCCGGGAGUAUUUCUACGGGUUCCGGGGCUGCUUCUAUCCCCACGCCUUCAACGUCAAGUUCUCCGACGUCAAGAUCUACAAGGUGGGGGCCCCCACCAUCCCCGAUUCCUGCCUGCCGCUGGGCAUGUCCCAGGAGGACAACCAGCUGAAGCUGGUCCCGGUCACCCCGGGCCGGGACAUGGUGCAUCACCUGCUGAGCGUCAGCACCGCCGAGGGCACCGAGGAGAACAUCUCCGAGACCAGCGUGGCCGGCUUCAUCGUGGUCACCAGCGUGGACCUGGAGCACCAGGUCUUCACCGUUCUCUCCCCGGCCCCCCGCCCUCUGCCCAAGAACUUUCUGCUCAUCAUGGACAUCCGCUUCAUGGAUCUCAAGUAGACUCCUCUCCCCGCCCCCCAUGCCCGCGCCCUCCCCUCCCCCUGGAGAUUGGUCCGGACGUAACCCGGAGUAAAGGAAACUUCCGUGGGAGACGGAUCGGUGCGAGGACUGUGGAGAGGUGGGUGGGAAACGGGGAGGGUAGCUCUGGAGAGAAGGCAGGGGGAUUGGG